UAAAAAUUAAUUCACCUUAUACAUGAUAAAGAAAACAAUGAUGAUGCAUAAAGCAAAUAUGAAGUUAUGUCGUCUUUGUGGCAAAGAAAAACAGCAGGGUACAGAUUUGUUUACAGACAAAGUUAAAGGAAUUGUAUUGAUGUCACUUAUAAAUAAAUAUUUCUCCAAAGAGAUAAUAAAUAUUUCAAAUUCUGAUGCAUUUUCUAAAUAUGUUUGUAUUGAUUGCGAGCAAAAAAUUUAUAUAUUCGACGAAUUUUGUUUAAUGGUAGCUAAUGUACAAAAACAACUUGCAGCUCCAUCUUUAGAAAUUGAUUUUGCAGAAGAUAUGUUACAUCAAUUAAAAGAAAAUGAUACAGUAUCAAAAAAUAUUUUAAAUAAACAAAUAAAAAAAAGUACAUGCUCAAUAUGUGCUAAGAGUUUCAGAUGUCAAUCACAUUUAAAUAGACAUAAACGCAUUCAUACUGGACAGAGACCUUUUGUUUGUAAUAUUUGUAAAAUGUCUUUCAAUCAACAAGAAAUAUUAAUGAAACAUAAAGAAAGACAUGAAGGAAAAAAACAAUUUCAAUGUGCUAAUUGUCAUCAAUCAUUUCGUUAUAAAGUUUCAUUGAAAUCUCAUAUGAUAAAUUUUCAUAUGGAUAUGGAACGAUCUAUUAAUAAUCAAAAUCUUCAAAUAGAUAAUAAUUCAUUUAUAUGCUCUGAAUGUGGAAAACAAUUUGUAACAAAAUAUAAAUUACAAAGACAUUCAAGAUGCCAUACUGGUGAGAAACCAUAUCAUUGUACUUUUUGUUUAAAAACAUUUUCACAAACAGGUAAUUUAAAAGUACAUCAGGUAAAAUAUCAUCAAAUACAUGAUUCUGUGACUGAAAUAAGACGACAGACACAAUAUAACAAUCAAAUAAUUGAUUGUGAUAUACCUACAACAUUAAAUAAUUUUCAUGCAGUUAAUAUGUCAGAGAUCGAAUUGCAAAAUACAAUAAAUGAGACUAUAAAUUCUACAGAACAAAAUAAUUCGUAUGCAAAAAUAUAUGAAAAUUCUUUAUAUAUUGAUGAUGAAAUAGAAACGAUUUUAGAUCGUGAUCUUGGUCCAUUAGAACAAAAUAAAUAUUCUACAAAUAUACAAGAUAAAUUACCACUUUGUUUAAAACAACCAGAAACUCCUGAAUUAUUACAUAGCUUAUUAUAUGAUGAUGGCUAAGUUGCAUUUAAGUAUAUAUUAAUAAAAAAUCAUUUAUUUAAAAUAUUAUAAAAAUUAUAUUCAAGAUGAAGAAUAUAAAAUUGUGCAUUCAUACUGUUCAUA